AUGGCAGGAGUUAUUGAUGCAAAACAGAGGAAUCUAUCACCUGGAUCGUCAAGUCGGGAUGAUCGUUUUACACAUUUUGGAAAUCUCGGAUUAGUUCGCGGUGCCUUAGAAAGUAUAGCAACCUGUCAGAUUGCUGGUUAUCAGGGUACACAAGCCAAAAAAGUAACAUCAGAAGUUGUCACAAGGGAUUUAAAGACCGUUAUGCAAAUAGCACGGUCACGAUUAGAUGUUAGAGAAAAGAAAAAAACGGAACAGAUAGCUAAAGAAAGAGCUGGUGUCGCCGAACUUGUUCGAAUAAAUAAAGUUCCACGUGCUCGCAUUGCCACUGAGCAUAUUGUUCGAGAAGAUUAUAAAAUUGAAGCAAUGGAAAAAAUUGAUGCUUACAUUGAUAUUUUACUUAUGAGAAUUGGUUUGAUCAAAGAUCGACCUAAAUCUGGUUCAAUCGAUCCUGCUGUUGAAAAACCAUUAGCUAAUAUAUUAUGGGCAUCCCCAUUUUUACAACAAGAUAUACCGGAAUUAGCACAAAUAACGGCAAUAUUUAAACGACAUUUUACUCCGGAGUACGUGUCAAUGUGUGAAAUGAAUAAAAUUGACGUCGUUGAUGUUGAUCUAGUACGAUGUUUAAGUUGUGAUAUAAUACCAAAAUUAUUGAUUGAAAAAUAUUUAAUAGAAAUAACUCGUAGUCACAAUGUUGCAUUUGAACCAGAUCCAAUCGUAAUGGCACAAGAUGAAUUUUGGGCUAUUGGUCAACGUUAUGUUCAACAGCCACCACCAUCAGAUGAAAAAAAAUAUCCGCCACCACCAAACGAUGGAUCAUCAUUUAGUGGUGGAGGCAGUGGGAUUACUGGUGGUCUUGUUUUUCCAAACAUUCCACAAUCCACGCCUAGUGCACCUCAAUCUCAUCCACCUCCACCACCAUCAUCACAAUAUCCAAAUAUUAAUUUUGGUCAACCACCGCCACCAAUAAACUCAUCAAGUGGUGGUGCAAUGUAUCCACCAUCGAAUAUGAUGCCAGGAUUUGGUUAUCAAAAUCAAAAAUACAACGAUGCACCAGUUGUUAAUAAUUUUCCACAAAUACCAUCGAAUGAUUCAUCAAAUACGACUGGACAAUCGGAUGAUCCAGGUUUCGAUGAUUUAGCAAGAAGAUUCGAAGAAUUGAAAAAAAGAAAAUAA